GAAACUUUCUCUGCGUGUUUCGUGCUGCCCUCCAUUCUACAUCCGCGCAAUAUACAAUCAUCUGUUUGGCGUGCACGACACACAGCGCACGUCGUCCACUAUUCACUUGUGUUUUGCAUUAGCAGCUUGCUGAUACAUGAUGGCCACUAAUAUUAUUGUUAGUAAACGAAAGAAACGCACGUGUGUGGAAAACGUGCGUGCAAUACCAGCCUAGGUGUCAAUGAUAAUCUUGUCAGUGAUUAGCAGUGCUUUUUGAUCAACAAAACGGUAAAGAGAUUUGUUUAUAUUUGUUAUUACCCAUCCACUGCGUUUAGAAAUCGCCAAUUUCAACAAUGUCGAACAAUAUAAACAACACGCAUGCUGAAACAUUAGCAAAUGCGAAUGAUAAACAUGAUGAAGAUAGUGAUACUGAUGGUGAACAAUGGGAACAGUUUGCUAAUUGGAUUCACUGUAUUUGUGUAGUUACUUUUGAUUUGGAGCUUGGGCAAGCUCUCGAGAGUGUAUAUCCACCUACAGUGACAUUGACCAAACAGGAAACAUCCAAUAUUUGUUAUCUAGCCUUCCCAGACUCUAACAGUGGCUGUAUGGGUGAUACAGAGUUUACAAUCAGGCUGCAGUGUUGUCAAAGUAAAAGAACACUUCGUAAUGAACACAGUGAUUAUAAUUCCAAGUGUCCUGGCAUGCUACAAGUCAAUUCAGCUUUCUACUGGGGUUUUGUUUAUUUCAGACAAGUUAAAGAUAUUAGUUUACCAAGGGGGUAUUUUCAAAAAAGUGUUGUGAUACUAUCAAAACUUCCCUUUAAUAAUUUAUUCACUAAAAUAAUAUCCCUGAUAGCUCCAGAGUAUUUUGACAAUGGGAAUUUGAGUCUGGAAGCUGCUUGUUUAAACAUUGAUCAGUGGCCUGUACCAACACCUGGUGUGACUCUUAAUUUGCCACUGCUUGGAUCAGUUUUUCAAACUUAUAUUCCUCAUCAAAGUUCAUCAUCUUCUUUAUUAUUACAACUUGCUGGGGUAAAUGAAGUCACAACAAGCCCUGAAAAUUCCAUACAAACAUCAGUGGAAGAUUUAAAUCUUUUUGAAAUAUUUCAACCAAUUGUAUCACAUAUUGACAUGCUCUGGGAGUUGGUGAUUACAGCUGAACCUUUGAUUGUGAUGGCAUCUUCACCUACUCAUUGUUCAGCAAUGGUUUUAGCUUUGACAAGAAUGAUUUCGCCAUUGAAAUUCUGCGCGGAUCAUCGUCCGUAUUUUACAAUCCACGACAGUGAAUUCAAACAAUUCACCAGUAAACUCCAAGGACCACCACCGGUGAUACUGGGUGUUACAAAUCCGUUUUUUGCGAAAACACUUCAUCAUUGGCCGCAUACAAUACGUCUUGGUGAUGAUUACGGAAAAUAUUCUAAGUAUAAGUUGAAAAAGUCCGGUAAUACUAAGAUAUUUGACCCUACGCCUGGGGUUUAUACCAGUUACAAGCCCUUUUUGCAAAAGGAUAAGGCAAUUAUUAAGAAUCUUGUCGCUGGGAUAAACCUCAAACGUCCAUCGGAAGUACAAACGGCUUUGCUGCGCAAACAUUUGUUGGAAUUGACGCAUAGUUUCAUGAUUCCACUGGAGAGAUACAUGGCUAGUUUAAUGCCACUCUUGAAGAAUAUUUCUCCUUUCAAGGCAGCACCAAUGCCGUUGCCAUUCAAUCCUGACCAGUUUUUCGCGAUGCUGGAAACGGCAGGACCUCAACUCACUUCGGGGAUUAAAGGUGAUUGGAUUGGUUUGUAUCGGAGGUUCUUCAAAUCGCCGAAUUUCAGCGCGUGGUUUAAUAUACGGUAUACUGAACUGACGAUGAAGUUGCAAGCGUUGCAAUUGGAAGCUUUAUGUGAGGCAGAUUUAAAAAGUUGGGUCCAUGAUAAAGCAGAAGUGGAAGUGGUGGAUAUGGUGCUCAAAAUAAAGAAUAAAAUCACUAAAUGUGAGCAGCACGCUGUAGGUAUGAACGGCACCGUCCGCAGGCAAUUGGAACAGAAAUUACAAGAUAUUAUCUGUUCCCUGCCUGAUGAUCUACGAAAUAUUCUGCAAAGAUGAUAAUUAACUAGGUAAUAACUCAAUUGACAUCAUGAUCAUGCAGAUCCAGUUUUAGUAAUAAUUCAGUAGGUUUUAUGAGAUUAAUUACAUGACAGCAAUAUCGGUUGAUUGUUUACAUUCAAAUACGUAUUCAUUUGAACAAACGAACAAAGCAGGGAUAUUUGGAGGCUUGUGCUCUGGAUGUGUGUUAGCAUAAAUGUGCAUCAUUUAAGUGUAUAUAUGUAAAAGUUGUCAAACUAUUGUAACUAGAUUUAAGAGAGUUUAAAUAGUGCCAAACGAAAAUCGGCAUUACUGCCACACAACUCCAUCCUAUGACUAGAAUAAUAAUUAUGUAAAACAUGUGAAACACAUGUGAAGAUGUGUAACAAAAAGGCCUACUUUCGAUAUUCUAAAUAAGAUUCGUGUGAGAUUGUUGGCCGUGUAUAUAUCAUGUUACUGGCAUCUGCUGUGCAUCACUCUUGACACUAAUAAUUUGGGAGACAUUUGUCUGAUUAUCGUCUCUACUUUCAUUUAAUUUUAAACACUUGAUUUAGUUUGAAUUUAGUGUAAGAUGAUUUAUUUUAAUAUUAGAUAUGGAAAUAAACAUAUUUUUAUACAAAA